UACCCACAAUGCCUUUCGUCGAGAAUUAACAUGGCGGCUAUAGUUGCUGUUUUGAUCUGGGCCGUGGACAUGAAAAACAAAAAAACAUUCUGGGAAGAUGGACAGCAUGUAGCUGUUGUUUGAACAGAAAUACAGCUUACAUGAACGUUCAAUCUCUCCUGUCCUCAGCCUGCUGGCGUUCCACAAUACAGAACAGUUAAUUUCUUCAGACACAGACAGAUACUUGCAUGAUGGAGGAAUCCAAAAGCCCAUUAAAGUCUGUCAAGCCUUCACGUGGGGAGGCCAGAGGGGCGAAAGCUCCAGCAUCCAAGACUCUUAAAGACACACAGUUGCUGAGGGAUCCCACCAAAGGCCCCGGCCGCACUAAGGACAGUAUCUCCAGGGCACGAGAUGAUCACAGAGACAGCCAGGGCACUCACAGCACUGGCAGGAUGGCAGCUGGUAGUCCACAGGACCAGGGGAGAGGCAAGCCUCGCAGGCUGACCGGUAGGACCAGCUCAGGGGAGAGGGGGAAAGGGAAGGGAGGGUGUCAGCAGCAGCAGCAGCAGACAGAUGCGAGGCAGCCUGCCCAUGACCGCAGGGCCCCGGGCUGGAACCGAAAUCUCAAAGGUGCUGAGGGACCUGGAGCAGCCAAUCCUGCCCCACACGAGGAAAAGGCACUGCAGGCCAAACAUUCUAUAAUAUUAGAUCUGCCAGAUGAUCGUAUCUUGGCUCUGUGUGCACUGGGAAGCCGGGCUGAGGUGGGCGAGGGCAGCCUGACCUCUGAGCAGCAACUGGGGCUGAAGCAGGCAGAGGAGAGGCUGCGCCGAGACUACAUCCAUCGCCUGGUCAAGGUUAGGCAUGGACACGCCACCAAGAUGGAGCCUAGACGUUCUUCAAAUAUGCAGUCCCCGGAGUACCCCAACUUCCAGUACCUAUGCAAGCUCUGCUCAGUUCAUGUGGAGAACAUCCAGGGCGCCCACAAACACAUCAAAGAGAAGCGCCACAAGAAAAACAUCAUGGAGAAACAGGAGGAGAAUGAGCUGCGGGCUUUGCCGCCCCCCUCCCCCGCCCAGCUUAAGGCUGUGGACACGGCUGUGCAGGAGGCCGCCCGGCUGUAUGGCAUCUCCGAGGAGGACCUUCAGGAACGACAGACCAUGGUCACCAGGAUGGAGGCGGUCAUCAAGGAGCACCUCCCAGAAUGCAAUCUCCGCCUGUAUGGUUCAUGUCUGACACGUUUCGCCUUUAAAACCAGUGAUGUCAACAUUGAUGUCACCUAUCCAUCCAGUAUGACUCAACCAGAAGUGCUCAUAAAAGUGCUGGAGAUCCUUAAGAACAGCUCCCAGUAUGUUGAAGUGGAGUCUGACUUUCACGCCAAAGUUCCCGUGGUGUACUGCAAGGACGCCAGCAGUGGGCUUAUGUGUAAAGUCAGUGCAGGUAAUGAUGUUGCGUGCCUCACCACCAACCACCUGGCGGCGUUGGCGAGACUGGAGCCCAGGCUGGUGCCCCUGGUCCUGGCAUUCCGCUACUGGGCCAAACUGUGCCACAUUGACUGCCAGGCGGAGGGUGGCAUCCCGUCCUACUCUCUCUCCCUCAUGGUCAUCUUCUUCCUGCAGCAGCGCAAGGAGCCCAUCCUGCCCGUCUAUCUUGGCAACUGGAUCGAGGGCUUUGACGUGAAGCGCGUGGACGAGUACCACCUGACCGGGGUGAAGCUGGACAUCUUUGUGGGCUGGGAGCUCCGGCCCCCCAGCAGUGGGGAGGGCCGCGGCGAGAACAAGGGCAAACCCGAGCCGAAGGCCCCGCCGCGCAGGAAGAGUGACGCCACAGAAGGCCUGACACGUCUGACCCUUGACCUUGGGAAGGGCGUGUCCUUGGGUCAGCUGUGGCUGGAGCUGCUGCGCUUCUACACGCUGGAGUUCGCCCUGGAGGAACACAUCAUCAGCAUCCGCCUGCGCGAGCUGCUGCCCCGCGAUGUCAAGAACUGGCCCCGCCGACGCCUCGCCAUUGAGGACCCUUUUGCCCUGAAGAGGAAUGUGGCACGCAGCCUCAACAGCCAGAUGGUGUUUGAGUACAUCCAGGAGCGCUUCCGCGGCGCCUACCGCUACUUCGCCUGCCCCCAGAGUCGCAACCGCGAGCAGGGCCAGAGGCGGGCGGCCCGCAAGAGAGCCAGGCGCCGCCCCGACCCCGAGAGGGAGGCCUCCGAGGAGAGCGAGAGAGAGGGCAAGCGAGGAAAGAGCGCCGAAGCCAGGCGCCAUCGGACCACUGGUCAGGAGGGUCACAAGGUUGGAGGCGAAGAGGAGGAGCAUGACAGCACAGAGAGAAAGUGCAGAAGGGAUGAAGAUGACGACGACUAUGUUGAUGAGGAGGAUGAGGAUGAGGAAGGCCUGAGUGCCGGACUUGCGGACUUGCUUUUGCACAAGAGGGAGAAAAAGGCGGCGAACAGGAGGCGGGAGGGCCGGGAGCCCCCCUCGGACCACGGCUCUCCCUCCCCUCUAAACGGCCUGCUGGACAGCGACGAGGAGGAGGAGGAGGACGUGGAGGAGGAAGAGGAGGAGGAAGAGCAGGAGGAAAUUGCCCCAGAGGACCUGCAGUAUGUGUUCGACAAGAUGAUUUUCACUGGAGGAAAGCCCCCCACCGUGGUCUGCAGCAUCUGCAAGAGGGACGGCCAUCUGAAGGAUGAGUGUCCUGAGGACUUUAAGAAAAUCGAGCUGAUGCCACUGCCCCCCAUGAGCGAGCGCUUCCGCGAGAUCCUUGAUGGCCUCUGCAGGCUCUGCUACCAUGAAUUAUCCCCUACUCCACUGGAACAGCAGAAGAGAGAGCAGAUUCUGGGUAGUCUGGAGAGGUUCAUACGAAAGGAGUAUAACGAUAAGGCACAGCUCUGCCUUUUUGGCUCUUCCAAGAAUGGCUUUGGCUUCCGUGACAGUGACCUGGACAUCUGCAUGACACUGGAAGGUCAUGACACAGCAGAGAAACUGAACUGUAAGGAGAUCAUUGAGGGGCUUGCAAAGGUACUCAAAAAACACACAGGUCUGAGGAACAUCCUGCCUAUAACGACCGCUAAAGUGCCUAUUGUGAAAUUUGAACAUCGUCAGAGUCUCCUGGAAGGAGACAUCAGCCUUUAUAAUACCCUGGCCCAGCAUAACACCAGAAUGUUGGCCACUUAUGCUGCCAUUGACCCUCGUGUGCAAUAUCUGGGAUACACAAUGAAAGUGUUUGCCAAGCGUUGUGACAUUGGUGACGCGUCACGCGGCAGUCUCUCGUCCUACGCGUACAUCCUGAUGGUGCUGUACUUCCUGCAGCAGAGGCAGCCACCCGUCAUCCCCGUCCUCCAGGAGAUAUAUGACGGGAGAGAGAUUCCUCAGAGGAUGGUCGAUGGUUGGAAUGCAUACUUCUUUGAUGACCUUGAUGAAUUGCGGCGGCGCAUGCCAGAGCUGCAGCAGAACCGUGAGUCGGUGGGUGAGCUGUGGCUCGGCCUGCUGCGCUUCUACACCGAGGAGUUUGACUUCAAGGAGCACGUCAUUAGCAUCCGCCAGCACAGCCGCCUCACCACCUUCGAGAAGCAGUGGACCUCCAAAUGCAUCGCCAUCGAAGAUCCCUUUGACUUGAAUCAUAACCUUGGUGCAGGGGUCUCUCGCAAAAUGACCAACUUCAUCAUGAAGGCCUUCAUAAAUGGCAGAAAGCUUUUUGGCACCCCCUUCUACCCCCAGCCUGGCCUUGAACCGGAUUACUUCUUUGACUCUAAGGUGCUAACGGAUGGAGAGCUGGCUCCCAAUGACCGCUGCUGCCGCAUCUGUGGCAAGAUUGGACACUACAUGAAGGACUGUCCGAAAAGACGCAGAAUGAAGAAGAAGGAGAACGAGAAGGACGAGGAUGUGAAGGAGGAAGAGCCUCGUGAGCGGCGCUGCUUCCUGUGCGGCGACAUGGGCCACGUGCGGCGCGACUGCCCCGAGAACCGACACCUCCGCCAGAGGGCCUCGGCUGGACCAGUCCCUCAUAUGGUUCGCUCUAUGGUGAGCUCCCAGUCUAUCCCCAUCCCUCAGAGUGGCAUGGCCCAGGAGAGAGUGGGCCGUACAAGGCAGCCUUCAGAAUGUUCUGACCCACGCCAGACACCUCCAUACUCCCCCCAGCCCACCCCCCAGUUCAGCCAGGCCUCCUCGCAGGCUGCCGGCUCCCCGCAGUCCGCACAGAGCAAAGGCCCUUUGGGCCCCACCGCAGCUAAACAGUCCCCCCACGGCCCCCAGGUGCAGCUCCCCCUCUUCCCCCCCGGCUUCCCUCACUCCCACCCAGGGUCCUAUCACGUGGGCCUGCAGGCCCUGGGGCUCCUGCAGCAGCAGCACUCUCAGCAGGUGCAGCAGGCCCAGGCGGCCCAGGCCCAGGCGGGCCACCACCCAGCUGUGUCCAUGACCUCCACCUCCUGGCCCAUCCACGGGCCUGUGAUCCAGGGCUCCUCCAGCGGGUCCAGCCCCUCCCCGCCGGGUCUCAAGUUCCCCCUGCGGCCCGGCAACCCUGGUGCUGCUAGUGGGGUAGCUGGAGGAGGAGGUUGUGUUGGUGUUGGUGUUAUUGGUGGUGGUGGUAGUGGCGGCUCCUCGGGCAAUCCCUCCCCGAUGAACCUGAAUGACCCUAGCAUCAUCUUCGCUCAACCGGCUGGCAGGCCGCUGGGCAUGAGCGGCUCGGGCCGGGACGGGCUUCCCUGGCACAACCAUCUCAACCCGGGGGCACUGGUGGGAAACGGCACAUUGGGAAAGUCAGAUGCAGGCUAUCCGGGUCAGUUUGGUAACGUGAGCCAAGGCUCACGCACGUGGGAGCAUGGCAAUGCGCCUCACUACACACACUCGCCCUCCUGGCCAUACCGCAUGCCCCAGAACUUCCUGUCGCAGGGCAAUGGGGGCUUUCCGCCCGGCAAGGCCUUCCUCUCCCAGGGUCCUGUUGUAGCCAAUCAACAUGUUCACCUGCUUCAACAUGGGAGGCAUCACAAUCUCAAUUUCAUCCAGCAGAAGAAAUGAAGCUGACUGAAUUUUGAUUUAUUUUUUAAUUAGAGAAGUACUGCCCCAAGAAAGAGAGAGAGAAAAAAAACAAAAAAACUAAAAUCAAGUAUGAAUUUGCAUUAUUUGGUCACAGGACUUUUUAAAUAACGGAUUUUAUCAUUUUUUGUACAGUUUUUACAUUUUAUUUCUUUCUCUGUCUCAUCACAUUGAUUUGUGAUACAAAUGUCAAAUAUUUUAACACCCUCGUUU